AUUUACGCAUGCGCCGUCCGUUCUUCUUUCAGGAAAAGGGUAAUGUUUUGGUUCUGAGGCGACAUUGUCCACAUGCAUGGCUACGUUGACUGUCACUGUCAUAUCUCUGCGGGGGAUUUUGACAAGGACAUAGAGGAGGUGGUUGAGAAUUCAAAAAAGGCUGGAUUGUUGGCGCUGUUAGCCGUCGCAGAGCAUGCUGGGGAAUUUGACAAGAUUAUUGCGUUGUCAGAAAGGUUUCCAGGUUUUAUUUUCCCCUGCUUAGGAGUCCACCCUGUUCAGGAAGUUUCCCCAGAGCAGCAGAGAGGUGCUUCUCUCCAGGAUCUCGAUGCUGCUUUACCCCUCAUAGAGAAAUACAAAGACCACCUAGUUGCUAUUGGGGAGGUCGGUUUGGAUUUUACACCCAGAUAUGUCAGCAAUGACACUGAUAAAGAGAGCCAAAGGCAGGUCCUCAUUCGUCAAGCACAGAUAGCCAAGGAGCUGGAUCUUCCUCUAAAUGUCCAUUCACGGUCUGCAGGAAGACCCACGAUCAACCUCCUCAAAGAGCAAGGUGUCGAAAAAGUCCUGCUUCAUGCUUUCGAUGGGAAACCGUCUGUUGCCAUGGAGGGAGUGAAGGCUGGAUAUUUCUUUUCUAUCCCACCAUCCAUAAUACGGAGCGAACAGAAGCAGAAACUUGUGAAACAGUUACCAUUAGAGAACAUCUGCCUGGAAACAGAUUCACCUGCUCUGGGUCCAGAAAAGCAGGUGAGAAAUGAGCCAAAAAACAUCUGUAUCUCUGCUGAGUACAUCAGUAAGAUUAAAGGAGUGUCGCUGGAGAAGGUGAUGGAGGUGACGACGCAGAACGCUCUCCGACUCUUCCCCAAGCUAAAGUCGGCCAUCAGACCCUGACGCAGCUUUAAAGGUUUAUUUCAUCAGUCUAGAAUAUCUUGUAUUGUAAACCUGCAGCUUUCUGUUACCAUUGUAAUCUUUUUAAGUAUUUAAUGAGGACCUCUGAUCAAACCAAGAUGACCUGACGGAAGGUCAGUUGAGGUGAAAGCCAUUUAUUUAUCUCCAACCUUGAUGGAUUCUUGAUAUUCUUAAAUAAAUGAAGAUGAGAUAACAAUCUAA